AAUACAAUAUUAUACCGUAUAUAUACAUUGUCGCCUUCUCUCGAGGAAACCUAGGAAUUGAUCUUUUCUGUUUCUUGUUUUUUUGCCCGAAACCAUGGCCGUCGAAACCACGGCGGAUCUAAGAAAAGUCACGAUUCGGGUCUCAGACCCUGACCCGGACGCCACCGAUUCAUCCUCCGACGAAGAAGGUCGAGAAACGCCGGCAAAGCGCCGCAAAAUCGCGGUCUACGAAGCCUACAUCCGCCGGCCUAGGAUCUCGCCGGCGGAUCCAUCUCCGGUGACCCGAAAACCGGCGGCAGUUCCCCUGAAGAUCCCCGUUUCGGAUCCGGGUACGCGACGAAUGCCCAAAACACCCUUCCCCCAAGGGGUCAGGAAGAGAAAGUGGGGGAAGUGGUGCUCGGAGAUCAGAAACCCGUUCACGCGGCGGCGGGUGUGGUUGGGAACAUUCGAUUCCGCGGCGGCGGCUUCAGAUGCUUACCUGUGCCGGAAGAAGGAAUUCGAGAUGGCCCAACAGGGAAUAACAGAGAUUCCACCGAUUGAAUCCAAGAAAGAGGAUGGAUCGGAGGAAUCUGCAGAGGUUCUUGAAGUUCCGGCGAGCUCUGAUUCCAGUUCGAGUAACAGAGAGAUAGUAGCAGAAGAAGAUGGAGAGAUGUGGUUGGGGAGGUGGGUCCCAAUGGGGGAUGGGAGAGAGGUGAGUUAUUCAGUGAAAUAUGGAAUCCCCAUUAUUGAUAACUUUGGGCAUCUGCUUGGUGAAUUUAGGAGACUAGAUGAUGAGCUGUGGAUCUGUAAACCUGAGGAAGAUGAUGACUACUACCAUGGCUGCUAGUACCCAUUGAUGGUAAUUAGGUCAAUCAUUCUCAUUUGAUUUUUGUUUAGAGGCAAAUUCUUAGGUAGUUUUAAGGUCUAUAUUCAUUAGAUGAACUUUAGUAUAUAAAUACUCUAAACGGUUGGGUUUUUUGUAAAAUAAAAAAACCCUACUUGUGAGCUCAUGAAAAGCGUAAGAAAGUCUAAGGUUUCGUUUGGUACACGGAAUUGAAAUUAUAGAAUUGGAAUUGGAGAUAACAAUUUCAAUUCUGUAGUUUGAUAACACAAAAAGAUGUGGAUUUGGAAUUGGUAGCGCCAAAAAUGAAUUGGAAUUGCGGAA